UUCUCUCCUUAUUUCUCUCCCCCAACUCCUAAAACUUUAAUUCACAUUCUAAUAAAUUAAUCGUUUUCAUUUGUAUAUUUUCCUUUCAUCUCAUAUCUUCUCUCACCUUCUUUUCUUUUCCAUUGAUCUUUGGAUCAAAAACCAAGUACUUUUGUCUUACAUAUUGCUCCUAUGGACCGAGAUGGUCCGAAGGAUGAACCAGAAACGGUGUCGUGCGGCAACAGCGGUUGCAAAAUAGUUCCUGGAGAUGGAAGCAGCGGUCCGAAAAAAAGGAAAUCGCAGAAGAGAAGAAAACGACGAGAACUGAUGUCGUAUAGUGAGCUUCCAGAGUACAUGAAGGAUAACGAAUUUAUAUUGAAUUAUUACAGAGCUGAAUGGUCCAUUAGAGAUGCUCUCUUCAGCGUCUUCAGUUUUCACAAUGAGUCCCUCAACGUUUGGACACAUUUACUUGGUUUCAUUUUAUUUGUGGGACUAACGGUUGCCAACAUUAUUCAUCACGACAAAUUCUUCCCCGUGGAUGCAAAGAGUCCAGGGAAUGUAACAAGAUGGCCAUUUUUCGUCUUCUUAGGAGGCUCAAUGUUCUGCCUACUCUCAAGCAGUAUUUGCCACCUCUUCUGCUGCCACUCGAAAGACUUAAACGUCUUCCUCCUCCGCAUAGACUAUGCCGGCAUCACCGCCAUGAUCAUCACUUCUUUCUUCCCACCAAUCUACUACAUCUUCCAAUGCACUCCUCGUUGGUACUUCAUCUACCUCGCAGGCAUUACCUCUAUGGGAAUCUUCACCAUCAUCACACUCUUCACUCCAUCACUUUCCUCUCCUAAGUACCGAGGUUUUCGCGCUUUGCUGUUUGCCUCCAUGGGGCUCUUCGGGAUCGUGCCAGCUGUCCACGCGCUAGUGGUCAACUGGGGAAACCCGCAAAGGAACGUGACGUUAGUGUACGAGCUUGGGAUGGCAGUGUUCUAUCUAGUUGGGACAGGGUUCUAUGUAGGGAGAGUGCCUGAGAGGCUUAAACCUGGAUGGUUUGAUCGUGUGGGACAUAGUCAUCAGAUUUUUCAUGUGUUUGUUUUGUUGGGUGCUUUGUCUCACUAUGCAGCUGCUCUUUUGUUCUUGGACUGGCGUGACCAUGUUGGUUGUUAAACCAUGAUGUAUUUUGUAAUUCUUUUGAAGAUUAUUUAAAAAUUAUUAGUGUGUUUUUAUCAGGCGAAAAGAAAUAGUAAUAACCCAUUCGUUGUUAAAAUUUGAAUAAUUGAAUUUUUC